AUGAACAUCCAUACACCUCUCCGAUCCGGCCCGUUGCUGGGCAUCGGCCUGGACCAAGAUACGUACGUUCCAGGUGAUAUCAUCACCGGCCAUGUCUUUCGACAGUUUCAAACGAUAAGUCCCGAUGCAUCUGUGAGCAUUUGCAUGUUUGGACGAGGGAGAACGAUCGGAGUCAUCGGCAACAACUCUCAAGAAUAUCGAGGCCUUUUCGACCUCUGCUAUCGUCCAAAGAUCAUCUUCCAGGGCCCUGUACAUAUCGAGUCUUCGAAACACAUACAUAAAUGGCCGUUUACGGUACAGCUUCCGAAAUACGUCAAUGAUUCUACACCUUUGGGUCCCGUGAAUCAUAUGCCACCAUCAUAUAUGCUUCGGACAAAGAACAUGGCAGCAGUUAUUGAGUAUGUGAUCAAGGCGAAGAUCACAAUGACUGUCCAAGGCCAUGAAGAAGUACUGGAGGCCACAUUUCCUUUCAAGGUCACAUGUGUCACUCCAGAUUCUCCGAUUGCAGACUUUCAGCUUAAACGAUAUUACUACCAGCGUGCAGUUUCGAGUCAUCGACUUAUUCCUGGGAUGAGAGAUGUGAAGGCGUCUUGGAAAGACAAGAUCAAACAGUCUCUUCAUAGUUCGAAGGAUCCUACGUUGGCGUUUGACCUAUUUGCUGAAGUGCCAAAGGUCGUUCAGAUGGAUAACCCGACGCCGAUACCGUUCAGGCUCUUUGUGGCGCCGAACUGGGAGGAAACUAGCGAUGCUAUUCGAGAUGUAGCACAGGACGUCAAGCUAGUGUCGAUGCGGGUCUCUAUUGUCACCACUACGACGAUUAUUUGCCACGCGGGUUUACAAGUCCCAGAAAGCACAGAGAUCGACCUCGGACUCAAUCAAGCCAUCAAGCAGCACGGCGAAGCAAUACGGAUCCCAUUUACAGCAGAUUCUCAACCCAUCGAUAUUGGGGAAAUAAUCAACCUGCGCAUCGGUCAGAAGACAGGCUACCCUCAACACUGGACAUCUGUACAAUCCGAGUUCACGCACUCACUCCAGAUAUACAACAUCCGUGUCUCACAUCAAUUAAAAUGGUCAGUGCAAUUCGAAAUUGCAGGAGAACGAUUCAAGGCGGCGGGCACAUCUGAUUUGAUCAUCUUGAAGCCGAGCGAUGGUAGGCCGGAACCGCAAGACCUUGUUUUAGAGGCUGGAGAUAGGAUCCCGCUGCGUCAAGAUUCAUCGUGGAUUAGGCCGCCUGCCGAGGAACAGCUACCGAGCUUUUUAGAUGCGCAGAUGGAUGAGCGAGUUACUGGGGUAGCCCAUAGCCAAUAA